AUUCGAAUUUUAUCGUUAUCUGAUAAACAUGCAAAAUUAAUUUUGUUGUUAUGAAUAAUUUAAAAUAUUUUUUAGUUGUCGCCAAACCUUCGUUUGAUAAAGAAUAGUUAAUAAACAUAGUUCCUAACCUAAAUAACAUCAUUGAUAAAUAUUUAUUUAUAACCUGUUAAAAGUGGACUCAAAAAAACAGGAUUAAAUAACAAUUCACAUGAAAAAAUGAGAUACCGAAGCCGAAUAAUGGUAUCUACGUAAACAUGAAAGCAAAUAUAGUAAUUUUGGGAAUUGUUUCGGUCAGUGUAUUUUCAGUUAUUUUAAUUAUACUGAAGCUAAUAAGCAUAGAAGAGUAUACACCAAACAUAAGACCAAAUUUUGUAACCCCGAUUGCUGAAAAAUAUAUGCAAGAAGUAGAAAAAGCAAAUAAUUUAUUGAAAGAAGCAACUAUACGAAUACAGGAACUGGAGGAAAAACUUUCUAAUUUUGAAAGUCGUGUGCCAAAAACAUAUCCAGAUGUUAAAUUUCUUAACUAUGUAAAAAGGAAACGAAUACUUAUAACUGGUGGUGCUGGUUUUGUUGGAUCUCAUUUGGUGGACCAGUUGAUGUUGCAAGGCCAUGAAGUUAUAGUGGUAGACAAUUUUUUUACUGGUCGCAAAAGAAAUGUGGAACAUUGGGUUGGUCAUGAGAAUUUUGAAUUGAUACACCAUGAUAUAGUAAAUCCUAUAUUUAUUGAGGUGGAUGAAAUUUACCAUCUUGCCAGCCCUGCUAGUCCUCCACAUUACAUGCACAAUCCUGUUAAAACUAUUAAGACUAAUACCAUGGGAACUAUCAAUGUUUUAGGUUUGGCAAGAAGAUGUAACGCAAAAGUAUUAAUUGCAAGUACUUCUGAAGUUUAUGGAGAUCCUGAAAUUCACCCACAACCAGAAACAUACUGGGGCCAUGUAAAUCCCAUUGGCCCAAGAGCUUGUUAUGAUGAGGGUAAAAGAGUAGCAGAAACUCUUACAUAUGCAUAUGCAAAACAAGAAAAAAUGUCAGUCAGAGUGGCGCGCAUUUUUAAUACUUUUGGGCCCAGAAUGCACAUGAACGAUGGUAGAGUUGUGUCAAAUUUUAUUUUGCAGGCCUUAAAGAAUGAAGAUAUUACUGUUUAUGGGACUGGAACUCAAACAAGAUCCUUCCAAUAUGUUACUGACUUGGUAGAUGGAAUAAUUAGUCUUAUGAAUGCAAACUACACUCAACCUGUGAAUCUGGGGAAUCCCAUAGAACAUACAAUAAAUGAGUUUGCCACAAAAAUAAGAAACCUGGUAGGUGGUAGAAGCAAAAUAGUGCACCUAGAGGGCGCCAUUGACGACCCACAAAGAAGAAAACCUGAUAUAACCAGAGCAAAAAAGUUUAUAAACUGGGAACCAAAAUAUGACAUUAAAAUGGGUCUUCAAAAGACCAUUGAUUAUUUUAGACAAGAAUUAAAACAAGACAAAUAUACACAUAGAAGCAAAAAUUUGAUUGAAGCUUAUCCUGGAUAAAUAAUUAUGUAUUUUUUAUUACCCAUAAUUAUUAAUAUUGUGAUCUAAUAUUGUUUAAUAUAAUUCGU